AGGCUUCACUUAUAUUAAGUACAUACUGGUUGACUUGGUAAAGUGAAACUUUUGUCUAGUUUAUUUAUCUAAUACUAUCUCUGCCAUCAGAACUACCAGUUUUCCAGUGUGGGUCACCAUGUGGCAGACCCUAGGAAGAUUUUUAAGGAGGAUUGACCUUUGUGAAUUACCCAAGAGAAAACUUCAUCAAGGACUCCUGGAGGUUAGCCCCGAGGUCUCUGAAGCUUUACGUCAUGGCCAACCAGUUGUUGCUCUGGAGAGCACCAUAAUUAGUCAUGGAAUGCCAUAUCCACACAACCUCAGGACUGCCAAAAAAGUUGAAGAAAUUGUCCGAAACAAUCAAUGUGUUCCUGCAACAAUAGCCAUUCUAAAUGGUAAAACCUGUGUUGGACUUACUGGUCAACAGCUUGAGCAGGUUGCUGACCCAGCAUUUGUCAGUCAGAAAGUAUCAAGACGAGAUCUGCCUUAUAUUGUUGCACAGAAACUGAAUGGAAGCACUACUGUAUCUGCGACGAUGCUGAUUGCACACAAAGUUGGAAUUCCACUGUUUGUUACUGGUGGUGUCGGAGGAGUUCACAGAGGUGCUGAAUCAACUCUGGACAUUAGUGCUGAUCUUGUUGACAUGGGUCGAACACCAGUGACCGUUGUAUCAGCUGGAGUCAAGUCAAUCUUGGACAUUGGUAAAACUUUAGAGUACCUGGAAACUCAAGGUGUCUGUGUUGCAUCAUUUGGACCAUCCAAAGAGUUUCCUGCCUUUUUCACCCCUAAAAGUGGCUUCCAAGCCCCCAUGAAUGUCAACAAUUCUCUUGAAGCAGCCCAGUUAAUUGUCGCUCACAGACAGUUGUCUUUAGAGAACGGUAUACUAAUAGCAGUACCAAUACCUGAACAUUCCACUUCCUCUGGGCAUCAAAUUGAAAUGGCAAUUCAAGAAGCAAUUUCUGAAGCUUCGGCUCAAAAUAUUCACGGUCGUGAUCUGACUCCUUUCAUCUUGCGCCAUGUUCACAAAGCUACCCAAGGAGCAUCUCUUGAUGCAAAUAUUGCUUUGAUUUUGAACAAUGCGGCUGUUGGAAGUGAAAUUGCUAAAAUUUCUGCAGAGCUUUGGAGGUCAAAGGGUAAAUUAAAGCAUAAUGUGAAAAAAUCAACAAAAGAUGAAAAAGUUGUUGUCAUUGGAGGUCUAAUAGUUGAUAUUUAUUCAAAACUGAAGAAUAACUCAGAGAUUAAAAGUGGUUCAAAAAAUUCUGUUUCCAGUACUCAGUGUUUUGCUGGAGUUGGAUAUAACAUUGCAAACUGCUUGGGCAAAAUAGGGAAGCAACCAGUUUUUGUGUCUGCUAUAGGACAUGAUUUCUUUGGCCAUUAUUUCAAAGAAAGCUGCAAAGAUAUUGAUACAAGUGGUGUGUUGCAAAUAAAGGAUCAAUCUACUGCUAUGUACCAAGGUUUCAUCAAAGCCAAUGGAGACCUUACAAUCUCAUUUAUAGAUCCAGGAUGUCUCAGUUAUGUAACACCUCAACAGAUAUGUUCUCUGGAAGAAAAACUACAAAAAGCUCCAUUGGUCUGUAUUGAUGGCAAUUUUUCUAAAGAAAUAAUACUCACUGUGGCAACACUUUGCAGAAAACACAAUGUUCCAGUAUGGUUUGAACCUACAGACAUUGACAAAGCCUUUCUACCUUUCCACACUGCUGCUCAAACCAUGUUUACUUACAUUUCCCCAAAUAUAGCUGAACUUUGUGUCAUUUACCAUUCCGUCACCAAAAAGGAGGCAGAUUCUUUCUUGAAGAACAAAGGCUCUUUGAACCAGUCAAAUAUCGAGGUUGUGAUUGAAAAAUGUACUGAAUUGUGUAAAGCCCUCAUUUCUUUGGUACCAAUUAUAAUUGUUACAAUGGGAGAACUUGGUGUUUUGGUGUGUCGCUCUGGUGAUAUAACUUCCCGGUUGCCUACCAAAGGCAUGUCAGUGCCACAAGCCAACAACAUGGAGGUGAAAUAUUUCCCAGCAAAGAAAUGUGUUGAUGUGUGCAGUGUCUCUGGUGCUGGAGAUUGCUUUGCUGCUUCAAUGAUUGCCGGAAUUGUGGAAGGUUACGAUCUAGAUACAUGUGUGCAGUCCGGUUUAGAGUUGGCCACACUCUCUCUCCAGUCCAUGCAACCUGUACCAAUGACAAUAAAUUCAAGGAAAACAAUUGGAACCAAAUUAUGAUUGCAUCAAUCUAUUUUAUUUUUAUAAAUGACAGAACUGACAGAGCAUUUGAACUUAAUAUUUUGCAGUAUUUCUUUACAUUCUGAAAUCAACCCCUGCUGAUUAUUUGGACUUUAUCAUUCAUCUUUCUGGACUCAGUAAAAUAUUUCUUGAGUAGAUGCAUAAAGCAAUGACAGAAAGAAGACAAGAAAGAAUACCAGUUCAGAUAUGUUUGAGAAAUAUUUGAACUUGUAUAGCUCUUCACUGCAAUUUGUUGUAGAGAGAAAAUUCUUGCCUAUGACAAAAAAGGUGUUAAAACAUCAUUGUCAGCUUCUAUUGGAAUGAUGGAUGCAUUCUGAACUUGUUAGUUCUCUUCAGCACCAGAUACCAAGAGAGGUAUCCUGCCAGUCAAUAAUAUUGACUGAUUUAAAAUAAAGGAAACUUUGUUUCCUAGUCAGUUUAGAGUUGCCUCUCUUGGUAUCUGGUACUGAAGAGAACUCAUGAGUUUGAAGUGCAUUCAUCAGUCCAAUAAAGAGUGCUCCAAGUUGACAAUAGUUUAACAUCUUUUUGUCUUAAGUGAGAAUUUUCACUCAGUGCCAAACUGCAGUGAAAAAGCCUUUACAAGUUCAAAUACCUCUAAAAGUUUGUACAAGUAAAAUAAUAACAGUUAAAUACUGGUUAGUGUGUGGCCUUGUGCCUAUGUUAGAAUUUAUAAUUCAUCUUAUUCUUCAUAUUUCAACAUAUCACAAUUACAAGAGAUGCUUCCAGAAAA